UGGACGCUGUCUUCGCCGAUAUCACAGCUCUCCAUACUGAUCCUCUGCGAGUUUUGAGUUUUCCCGAGUUCAGAGUGACGAGGAAAAUAUUCAGUGUUAAUGCGGACGUGGACGUGGACGUGCACUAUGUUAACCUGAUCCGUGCAAGCUGGUCAUCACCGUCUCCAUACAGGAAAUGUGCAAUGUACAUCUGUACCACGAUGUGUCUUAACACAACUUUUGAUUGGUAAUUAGACGGAUUUCCAAUUUUAGACGUUUUAAUCCUUUAGCCCCUGUUUCAUUGAUGUUGAAAUUAAGCGGUAGCCUUGUCCGAGGCCACAGCGCCCCUUUUUCGCUUGCUAGAUGUUGUCACAGGUCUCUGUCCAUUCGUACCUGUAUAACAGGGUUAUUGUUGGCCCAAUCAAGGAUGCGUUUGCCACCGAGGUCACCAAAUAGAUUCGCGGUCAAGUUAAUCGAAACUAGGGACCUGUUGACAUCUUCACACUCGGCUAAAAAUCGACAUCCUGCAAGCUGAGUGAGAACACUUAGAAUCCGCAUGAUGGAUAUCAGACAUCAAAGUAGCAAGGCCUACGGCAGUGACAGGAUCCAGCGAGUCGAGUGAGUAUAAUGCAAGGCACGCCAGAAAAUGACAAGGACUUGUUGCUGUUUCACCUUCAGCUGUGAUGUGGUUGCUGGAUAGAUUUAACAUUCCCAGUACCGAGUUCUCGUGUUUCAAAACGUCAGCCACUUGUUUCACGCCUUCAUCGAAUAGAAUGUUGCAGGACAGGUCCAGGUCUACGACUGUCGGGUUCGCCAUCAAGCCUUUCGCAAUUAUCCCCAUCUUCCUUCUCAGAACAAUUUCAGAGGUAAAAUACGAGACAAGAUUUAGGACUCCUUGUGUAUACCUCAUCAGUUGACAGCUGCCAUUGACAGGCUUCAUUCAGCUCCUUGCUCUGUUUCGAAUAUACUUGGCUUCAUGUAGUAUUAUUUCGUCUGUCGCUGUCAUCUUGGUUCGUUUUUAUGGUAGGUUGGUACCAGAUGUGCUACAUUUCGAAAUCACUCUUUUGUCUAAAAUUUUUGCCCUUUGUGUUCCGUUGCGUUUUGUUCUGUUUUGUUUUCAUUUGUUCUUGGACGCGAACAGAUGAUCGGCUGUCCAAGUCACAAGAGCGGUUAGCAUAUUGAUAGAAGGGCUUGGAACUUCUGGUGGGACAGGAUGUUGAGGGCUGGAGCAGUGAGGCCACUAAACUGCAGCUUACCGCAGAGACCAGUAAGUAACUCAUGGUGAGCUCAAAUGGGCUUCAUGAACAAUCUACACUAGGGUCAUCGACCUCUUCCUACAUCAGCUCCUACAGAUACAUACCUUCUCGGCAUCGAGACGGUUUCCGGAAAGGUUCAGUGUCGUUAACGUGGCAGUGAUUGUCAGAGCUGCUGAUAAAGAGCGACAAUCGGAAACCUUCAUGCCCCACUUGGACCAAUCAAACUUGGCUCCUCCAGGGGUCUCCAGUAUCCCGUAAUUCACCCUUAUUCCUGUCAGGUCCCUGCGGCCAACGUGUGCAUCUUGACUUCUAGUCGACCAAAAUAUCUGCAGGGCCUAGUAAAACGAUCCAGCUGCUAAAGAUCAACUUUCAUCACAUGGAGGUUCGUCACCCAUUUAAGUCUUCCUUCCUAAAACCUGGCGUGAUGACAGAUGACAGAUAAAAUCCUGUUCUGUACUGGUGUCUGAAAAUUGUCUGAAAAUUGUACAAGGGGCGCUGUAGGUCAAUUGAAGUUGUACUUCACACCAUCAAGCCCGACGACAAGAUCUCACGUGAUUCCCGGUUCCACCUCCAUGUGCAAUAAGCAAAGGCCUCUGGCCCGAGGGCAGUUACUGGGGUCCAAAGAGAACAAUUUAUCCAACUUUAAGCUUUUCGACUCGGACUCUGCCGUGCGGCUUUUACUUUGCGGAAUAUGAGGCAGGCAAAGUACCUUUGGAGGAUGUAGAACAUGAGUCGGAAAUCGAAAUGGGAAGGCAGCUGACAGAGGUCGAGAUUGUGGACAUACGGAGCACUAAUUCUCAUCAGCUCGACCAAGUCCUGUUCCUUUUCCACGGUCGCAUCAUAUCUACAGGUUCGAGAGAAAGGACCACGGAUUAAAUCCAAUGUGUUGGAAUUCAACCGCGACACUCGGUGAUCACAGUCACUACUUCGUCAAGUCUGGAAAGCACCUUUCCAACGCGUCUUGCAGAUUGCGCUCGAAGAACAUCUGCUUCCAAGAGCGACCAUGCGCCGCGGUGUCGCAAUUGCGCCAACUUAUUUGCACUCGCCUCUUCCAGUACGCUUCCUCGGGAAUCAUCUGAGAGGAAGAAAGCAGAUCUCAGCGAAGCGCCCGUCACCGAUCGCAGUCCAAAAUCCAUCGUCCCCAACGAGAUCAACCGGAGCUCCGACGAAACAAAGGGAAUCAAGGGAGAGGGAAGAGUGGAAGAGGGAUGGCGAGGCUGACAUCGGCGGCCAAUUUCAAGGGAAGAUCGAGGGGGAUUUCUUUGACGACGCGCAGGCGCUCGCUCGCCGGAAUGCCGCCGAAGCCGGGAAACUUGGCGAAGUUCUUGGCCAGCACCGGCACGCACAAGUCCAGCAGCGUCGGCAGGAAGUAGCAGUUCGGCAGCGGCACGCUGUAGUCCCACUGCAAGUUGACGGGCUCCGCGGGCUUUUCCGGCAGAGGCGUCGCGGGCGACGAGGGGCCCGCCGCCGCGCUCGCAUCUUCGGGAGCCCCCGCGGCUGCGGCUGGGGCUGGGGCUUCGCCAGCGGGCGGCGUCGCAGGAGCUCCAUCCGCCGGCGGCUGCUCGACGUCCCCGGGGGGCUUGGCCUCCGCGGCCGCGGCAGCGGCAGUGCUCGGCUUCCGCUCUGGCGACGACGAGUCCCCCGCGGCACUCGCUUGCGCCUCGGCGGCAGCGGUAGCGCUGGGCUUGCGCUCUGCGCUUGCCCUCCUCUCCAGCGGCGCGGGGGGUGGUGGCGCAUCUCCCGCCGUCGGUGUGGCCGGGGCCGGGCUUGGGGUUGGGGCUGGGGUUGGGCUCGGGGUCGGGGUCGCUUCGGCCAUGGCGCUCGCCCGCAGUUGGCCGAUUGAUGCACGGCGAGGGAGGUCGGCAAUCAGGGCGAUGCUCGAUCGGCACGGGAAGGGGUUUUCACAAGGUAGCGUGCACAAGAAUACGAGAAAUGCCCCAGAUUCCGCGCCCUGUCGUCAGAAUCGACGCCGCAGCUGUACAAUGUGCCUCCAGCGAGGUGAUUCUUCGCUCCCGCGGAGCAGGUGUUUGUGUCGAGGAUGCGUUUCGGAAUUCGAAGCGAUUUUCGCUCAAAUCUUGGGCACCCGCAGCCAUGCUUGCAGUCCGCUCCCGAACUCCCGUGCCCGUAACUCCAUCUUGAUUAGGGUCCAGAUCCAAGCGAGCGAGCAGCAGUAAACUGCCUCGAGGAAACGACGAAUACCGAACGCAAGCGCACGAGGGAUCGAUCGUCGAGAUAACUUUCGCAACCACGUCCUCUGAAUCUUUUCUGCCGUCGUACAGAAGUUCCCAAAGCCCCCGAUUUCCCGCCCGGAAUUCACUUGUCAGUACUGCCAGGCAGACCGCAUCGGCAACGAUAUCUCGAAUCACUCCUCUAACAUCCACGGAAAGUUGAUAGCACAUUCACGCGCUUCCGAUCAUCAUCGUCAUGGUCGGGUCUGCGGCGGGGCUGACCGCUGAUCAGGGCAUUACCGCAGUCAUUACGCUCGUCAUUAGGGAAGUGGGGACCUGCCAGACAUAACUACCUCGGGCCCAGGCUCUGGGGUUCGCCGUCCUUGCCGUCAACGGGAGCCGAUCCAGCAUCACCUCAUGAAACGCGACUGUAAG